AUGUGCUAUGACCGCUACGUGGCCAUCUGCAGACCCCUGCACUACGGGACCCUCCUGGGCAGCAGAGCUUGUGUCCACAUGGCAGCAGCUGCCUGGGCCUCUGGGUUUCUCAAUGCUCUGCUGCACACAGCCAGUACAUUUUCACUGCCCCUCUGCCAGGGCAAUGCCCUGGGACAGUUCUUCUGUGAAAUCCCCCAGAUCCUCAAGCUCUCCUGCUCACACUCCUACCUCAGGGAACUUGGGAUUCUUGUGGUUAGUGCCUUUUUAGGAUUUGGCUGUUUUGUCUUCAUGGUGGUGUCCUAUGUGCAGAUCUUCAGGGCUGUGCUGAGGAUCCCCUCUCAGCAGGGAAGGCACAAAGCCUUUUCCACCUGCCUCCCUCACCUGGCCGUGGUCUCUCUGUUCCUCAGCACUGCCAUGUUUGCCUACCUGAAGCCCCCCUCCAUCUCCUCCCCAUCCCUGGACCUGGUGGUGGCAGUUCUGUACUCAGUGGUGCCUCCAGCACUGAACCCCCUCAUCUACAGCAUGAGGAACCAGGAGCUCAAGGACGCCGUCAGGAAAGUGAUUUCUUCAUUGUUCAAGAGUGAGAGAUUUAAAGCCUCUUUCCAGAAGUGA